ACUGAAACCUUAUCCUCCGUUUACAAAGCCAUGGUGCAAUCUGUUUACAUUUCCAUCCCUUGGCUGGUUUUUCACGCUCAGAAUAACCAGUGGACCUUUUAAAUCUCAACCUAAUGUUGUUAUUACAUUACAUUGCACUGGCAGCUGGAGCUGGUCUCUACAUUGUCUUCUACUGAGACAUAUGGAGAGCUGGUCUAAGAGACUUAUGGAACGCCAGUCAUAGAAUUUAACAACCAAGCAGCAGCAGUAAUGCAGUAAGAAUCUUGGACUCCAACUGGCGCACAUACGUUUCUAAUAAUUUCUCGACAAAUCCAAGCGAAAAAGGUUGUUAUGCUUCGCGUUAGACUGCAAGGUCUUAAGGUUACAAUCAUUGUUGGACUAAGGGGACCCUCUCGAGGCAUAAAUAGAAGUUCCUCCUUUUUCUCUUCACCAGAACCUCUCAGCUGCCAGAAAACGCAGGUGCUCGUAGACCGUCGGAAGACGACAGGCCACAAGCUGCAGAAAUGGAAAAAAAUAUUCUGGUCUCCACAACCUGCAGAUUCCUCUUGACUUUGUUAUCGUUUGCGGGUUAUUCCAGCUGUCUCCCUCUCAGUGAAGAGUCUAUUUGUACAGCGGAGGAACUUGCUAAGUAUAGUAUCGUAUUCACGGGGAAAUGGAGUCAGACUUCAUUCCCCAAACAAUAUCCCCUUUACAGGCCUCCCGCUCAGUGGUCUUCAUUGCUUGGAGUGACUCACAGCUCGGACUACCACAUGUGGAAAAAGCACGAGCCAGCCAGUAACGGAGUGCGAGAAUUUGCAGAAAAGGGUGAAGCCUGGUCACUGAUGAAAGAAAUAGAAGCAGCUGGGGAAAAAAUUCAAAGUGUGCAUGGAAUCUUUUCGACAGCUUCCAUUUCCACCGGGACAGGACAGGCCUCCACUGAACUGGAAGCGCAUUCAAGACACCCUUUUGUGUCCUUCAUGGUGAGAAUUGUGCCAAGCCCGGACUGGUUUGUGGGAAUAGACAAUUUAAACCUUUGUGAAGGAAAUCAGUGGAAACAAACCGUGUCAUUAGAUCUUCACCCAUACGACGCCGGAACGGACAGCGGGUUCACCUUCUCAUCUCCCAACUUCGCCACAAUCCCGCAGGGGACCGUUACAGAGAUCACAUCAUCGUCACCAAGUCAUCCCGCAAACUCAUUUUUCUACCCAAGGCUCAAGAGUUUACCCCCCAUUGCAAAGGUGACCUUUACUAAGAUUAAAGGCAGGAUUGACUCUUUCCUUGACAUCGUAUCGAACGUGACCGCAAGAGGAAACGAGAUCGAGGAGAACGUCUCCGAAACACCCCUUGAUUGUGAAGUCUCCGUGUGGUCAUCCUGGGGUCUCUGUAAAGGAAGCUGCGGGAGCGGCGGAGUGAAAAACAGAACCAGAUAUAUUCGUAUGAAAGCGGCCAACAACGGAACUGCCUGCCCAGCUCUCGACGAACAAAAGGAUUGCGAACCCGAAAACUGCGUAUAGUUUCAGAAAAAAAAAGAGAGAUUUAGCGCUAGAUUAUAAAUUAUUGUAAAAGCAGGGUCACUUUACUAUUCGUAAAGGAUGUUUAGGGCAAUAUAUAAUAUGUGAUACAGUAAUGGGAUGAUCCCUGUUAUAUAUAUUGUCUAUGAAAUACAUUUUUUUUCCAGGCUGUCCUUGCAAUUGGAUAGGUUUUAAGAUUUUUGUAGCAGCUCUGUAGCACCAUCUAGUGGCAGCGCAAGGAAACAGCAUACUCACUUUUCUUGACACUUUCAAUGAAAAAGGACUCUUAUUGUGUAUAAAUUUAUAUAUAUGAGCUCAGAAUAUUGACAAUAUGUUCAUAAUAAAGACUGGUUUUAAUUUAA